AUGUUUAGGAAAGCUGCUGUAACCACCGUCUCUAAUGGAAACUACUUGCAGGGGCAAACUAAUGGCAGGUUGCCCUCUAUGGACAGCGGACAGCCAGCCCAGGAGGGAAAAGUUGUGCUGAAGAAGAAAGUGACGCUUUUGAGGGGCAUAUCCAUCAUAAUUGGCACUAUCAUCGGAGCUGGCAUCUUCAUCUCUCCCAAAGGCAUCCUGAAGAACACUGGCAGCGUGGGCAUGUCCUUGACUGUCUGGACAGUGUGUGGUAUCCUCUCGCUCUUCGGUGCCCUCUGCUAUGCUGAACUAGGAACAUGCAUUAAGAAAUCUGGUGGUCACUACACCUAUAUCCUGGAGGCCUUUGGCCCAUUACCAGCUUUUGUGAGAGUCUGGGUUGAAUUGCUCAUCAUUCGCCCUGCUGCCACAGCGGUGAUAUCGUUGGCAUUUGGACGCUAUAUUUUGGAACCUUUCUUUAUGCAGUGUGAAAUCCCAGAACUUGCGAUUAAACUUAUUACAGCUGUUGGCAUCACGCUGGUGAUGGUCCUGAAUAGCACGAGUGUCAGCUGGAGUGCCCGCAUUCAGAUUUUCCUUACCUUUUGCAAGCUUGUAGCAAUUCUGAUAAUUAUAGUCCCUGGAGUUAUCCAGCUAAUUAAAGGAGAAACACAGCACUUUAAAAAUGCCUUUGCGGGGAAUGAUGCCAGUGUAAUGGGAUUACCACUUGCUUUCUAUUCAGGAAUGUAUGCCUAUUCAGGCUGGUUUUACCUCAAUUUUGUUACUGAAGAAGUGGAAAACCCUGAAAAAAACAUACCCCUCGCAAUAUGCAUUUCAAUGAUUAUCGUCACAGUUGGCUAUGUGUUAACAAACGUGGCUUAUUUCACUACAAUCAGUGCUGGGGAAUUGCUGCUUUCAAAAGCUGUAGCAGUGACUUUCGCCGAACGACUAAUGGGAAGCUUUUCUUUAGCUGUACCAGUAUUUGUUGCUCUCUCCUGCUUUGGAUCUAUGAAUGGGGGCAUUUUUGCAGUCUCCAGGAUGUUCUUCGUUGCAUCCCGCGAGGGUCACCUUCCGGAAAUUCUCUCCAUGAUUCAUGUCCGCAAGCACACUCCUCUGCCAGCUGUCAUUGUUUUGCAUCCUCUCACAAUGAUAAUGUUAUUCAACGGGGAUCUCUACAGCCUCCUGAAUUUCCUCAGUUUUGCCAGGUGGCUUUUUAUUGGGCUAGUAGUUGCUGGGCUGAUUUAUCUCAGAUAUAAACGUCCUGAUAUGCCUCGUCCUUUCAAGGUGCCGCUAUUUAUUCCAGCGUUGUUUUCCUUCACCUGCCUCUUCAUGGUUGCACUGUCACUUUACUCUGAUCCAGUGAAUACAGGGAUUGGAUUCGCAAUAACUCUGACUGGAGUUCCUGCCUACUACCUCUUUAUUGUGUGGGACAAGAAGCCAAAGUGGUUCAGAAAGCUCCUAGACAGGGUAACUGUAACAUUGCAAAUCCUCUUGGAAGUCGUCCCAUCAGAGGAAGACCAGAAAUCAUGAUCUUCACGUACAGCUUUUGGCUUGGUGUUUCAUUUCAACCUGAGCAAGAAGCGUAGGGAGACUUCUCCCCCUACCUAACGUUCUGCGAACCGGAGGAACAAGUCACAGCUGAGAUGGAUACCGAGCGAGUCAGUUACCAGAACUGUAUUUUACGACGUUACAAAAUUUUUGUUUUAAUGUGGAUGGUUUAUGUGUAGAAAGCCAGAACUUGUGCUAUGAGGGAACUCAUCUCUUCACUAUCUCUUUUGUUCCAGUGUCAUAUUUUAACAAACUGUAGAUUUGUCAAACUAGGAUUUUUGGUUGCGUUUUCACUGCGAAUAGGUUUAAGCGAUGCGUAAGUAAUAGUCGGGUGUACUGUGAAGAAUGUAUCCUGCUUGCUGUCCCUGAAGGACCCAACUCUCACCAGAGAAAGGGUGAGAUAAAGCUGCUGAGUUUCACUUACUAAUGUUCUUCCCGUCACUCCGUUUGGCAGCCAGAUUUGACUUCUUUUGGCUCGCUGGGAGCACCAGCACAGGGAUGCAGAAGCACAAUGUGUUUUCCACACCUUUGUGGUGGCAAGUUCAAGGUUUCUUCAUUCCAGAGUUAUUGUACUAUAGCCGAUAGAAACAUCUUCUGAGAAUUAACAUUUCUGCCAGCAGGGCAGGAGGAUUUUACCCUGGGAGCAGUGAUUUCAUACAUGUUAAAAUUUCUACCAGUCUGGAAAUGAUUACUGUUUUUUACGGAUGUUUCUCUGUGUACAUAUUUAUAGGCUAUACAGCAACUGAGUAAUCACCUUCAAAUGAGUCAAAAUGUUUGAAUGCGACCUCCGUUGCUGUGUGAAUAUUUUCUAUCUGGAAGAAUACGGACCUGCAGUUACCAGUCAGGCAAUUCCUGAUUUUAAAGUUUUAUAUCAUUGCUGGCGGGCAGAAAUGAAAAAUAGUCACUGGUGGGAAUACUGUAUAGACGUGGCAAUAAAUGCAAUACCUUUUUAUGAAUAAGGUAUAAGGCAAGCUACAACAGAUUUGUUGAUUUGGGUAGGAUAUGUGCCUAAUCUGUGGGCUUUUCAUUCGAGCACUCUCCAAUUAACUGGGCUUUGAAACACCAAGGAAAAGGUGCUCUGCCAAUGUCUUCUUCCCGGUUUUAUUUCAGCAGAAACAGAGAAAGGCCAUCAAAAUUGGUAAAAUCAAAUGAAAUUCAUCUUCAGAAUGAUGUUUGAGCUGAGAUUUGGCUCAAAUAUGAGCUGAAGUUUUGCCCUUUUUUUAAAGAUAGUUGUAGAUAAAUUUUUUAACGCUUGGAAGUUCAGUUUUAUAUUUUUAGUGUAAGACUACUCAACCUUAAGAUUAAGGUUUGUUAUGACUCCGUUAAGAAUACAAUGCUUAACUAUUGAAUGCACUACUUUUUGAGCUGUUUGCUAUCAGCAAGUCAUGUGUUUCAUGAAAACUUUUAUGGAACUAAGCAACGUUAAACUUCCUAAAUUGGGAGAGAAGCACAACUAGUAGCCAGACCACUAUGGUAAAGGGAGACUGUGUGUUGUAUAUGUGUUGUAUAUAUCCAGAAUGUCUACCCUUUCAAGGGUGUACGGUAAAAUGUCUUAAAUUUAUACAUGUUUUUCUUUCUUUUAUUUCUACGGUGGGAUUUCAUAGAAGUAGGGAAACGUGAGUAACUCAUUAUGUAGAAGAGCAAUAAUUUAAGACACAGAAAACAUUUUGCAAACAAUUUUUCUUCUUUAAGUGUUUUCUGUUUACAGUAGCAAAGUGUUAUUUGAAACUCUUUGAGGCAAACGUUUUGAGGGAGACACUUACGUUGACAGUGCAUGUGUUUAAUUAGUGUUUACAUUUGGGUCAGAGCUCUGCUUUUGAGGCCACCUCCUGCCAUCCCAGUUCACCAGGGUUUGGCCUGUGUCAUCGUGGAGCAUCU